AAACCCCUUCUUCCCUCAUCCAUAAAUCUCCCAAUUUUCCUCACAAAGUUGAAGCCACCUUCAAAACUCUCUCAAGCUUCAAAACAUGAAGGGAGUCCAUCUCGAGUUCCAUACGAGCAAACCCCGAACCUCCUUUUCGUGCUAGAGCUUCUGUAAAAUCAACAUCUUCGGGGAAAGGAAAAUAAAUAUUAAGGCGGCCGAGAGUGGAAGACACGCGCUUGUGGGGGUCAGUGGGAGUUGAUCUGACUGUAAUCCAAUCCGCUCCAGCUAGACUACACGCUCGCCUCGCCGGAGCGCCGCCCCUCCCCUCCGGCGCACAAUAGAAAAAACCCUCCGCCUCCCGCUCUCCCAAUACGUGUGUUGAUUCUGAAAUUGGAAACUCCACGCCCCAAAAAUGGCGGCGAUUGAACAAGAAUUCACUCAUCUCUGCCGAAUGGGUCCUCUCUUCUUCCAAGAUUUCACUUACUCUUCCAUGAAAAAAGCUUAAUCCAUUUCAAUAUCCCAGAAAUGUGCUCUGUUUCUGCGCUCUCUCUGAGAUGAACAUGAGCUUUUCAAACGAUAUGGGCGAUGAAUAUCAGAAGUUCAUCAAGCGAAUGAACCCACCCAGAGUCGUAAUCGAUAACAAAUCCUGCAAGAACGCCACGGUUGUUCGGGUGGAUAGUGCUAAUAAACAUGGCAUACUUCUUGAAGUUGUUCAAGUCUUGACUGAUCUUAAUCUUAUCAUAACUAAAGCUUACAUUUCUUCUGAUGGGAACUGGUUCAUGGAUGUUUUUAAUGUCACGGAUCAAAAUGGGAACAAGGUUAUGGAUGAAGGGAUUUUAGAUUACAUACGAUCAUCGCUCGGUCCCGAUUCGUGUUGUUCAUCUUCCAUGAGAUCUGUAGGUGUCGAAUCUUCUACAGAUCAUACUGUAAUUGAGCUCGUUGGCUGUGAUCGACCUGGACUUCUUUCUGAAGUAACUGCUGUUCUUACUCAUCUUAAAUGUAGUGUAGAAAGGGCUGAGGUGUGGACACAUAACACUCGAGUUGCUGCAGUGAUGCACGUGAGGGACGAGGAAGCGUCGGUCACUGGUUCGGCAGUGACAGACUUGGAGAGAUUGUCCACAAUCAAGAAAUUGCUUUGCAAUGUGCUUAAAGGCAGCAACAAGUGUAGGGGAGCUAAGACUGUGUUCUCUCAUGAGGCUAUCCAUACUGAGAGAAGACUUCACCAGAUGAUGUUUGCGGAUCGAGAUUACGAGCGAGCGGAUGACGAAACGUUCAAUGGAAAGCAGAAGCCAAAUGUGAAUGUUGUCAAUUUGUUUGACAAAGAUUAUUCAGUGGUCACCAUUCAAUGCAAAGAUAGACCAAAACUUCUGUUUGAUACAGUUUGUACAUUGACUGACAUGCAAUAUGUUGUUUUCCAUGCCAAUGUUGAUGCUGAAGGGCCAGAGGCUUAUCAGGAAUAUUAUAUUAGGCACAUAGAUGGAUCUCCUGUGAAUUCAGAAGCUGAGAGACAAAGGUUGAUACAAUGUCUUGGAGCUGCCAUUGAAAGACGAGUAUCCGAGGGAUUGAAGCUUGAGCUAUGCACUACUGAUAGAGUUGGGCUACUCUCUGAUGUCACACGCAUCUUCAGAGAGAAUAGCUUGAGUGUGAGUCGAGCCGAAGUGAGAACGGAAGGAGGCAAUGCAAUCAAUACAUUUUACGUGCGCGAUGCGUCGGGUUAUCCCAUCGAUUCAAAGACGAUAGAUUCGAUAAGGCAAGUGAUUGGUCAAUCCAUAUUGAAGGUGAAAGGCAGCCCUGAUGAAGGGAAAUCUGAUUCACAAGACUCUCCAAGUAGGUUCCUGUUUGGUGGUCUGUUUAAGUCAAGAUCUUUAGUGAAUUUUGGAUUGGUUAGAUCAUAUUCUUGA